AUGGUUGAGAUUAUAGAGAAGAGGAGGAAAGUAGAUAAUCAAAACAAUGGAUCAACGACCAUAACAAAAAAGUCAAGACCUUCCAAAAUUUUCAGUCCUUUCAGAGUUUUAGGAAAUGUAACAGAUUCAACUCCACUCGCAAUAGGAAGUCUAGGUUCAACAUUUUACGUAGUGACAUCAGUAGGAAGAUCAUUUCAAAUAUAUGAUGUAGCAACAUUACAUUUAUUAUUUGUAUCACAGACCCAAACCAAAAGUAAAAUCACAUGUUUUGCAACUCACUAUCAUUAUAUUUUUGCAGCAAAUGGGAAUGAAAUUGGAAUUUACAAAAGAGGCAGAUUGGAACAUAACUUAGUAUGUGAUACCGAAGGUGUCAUCAAUAAUUUGUGUUAUUUUGGAGAGUACCUCGUUGCAACUAGUUCAAAGGGAGAAAUUUUUGUUUUCAAAAAAUCACCAGACUUAAAAUAUCCAACUGAAUUAUAUUCGACUUUAGAUGAGAUAAAUACUGAAGUCGAUGGUGAAAUUGUAGGACUUAUACAUCCACCGACUUACCUCAAUAAAAUUGUUGUUGCAACUACCAGUCAUAUAUUAAUUAUCAAUGUUCGUUCUGGAAAACUUUUGUAUAAAUCACCUGUUCAUCAAUUUGGCGAAGAAAAUAUAUCAUGUGUUGAAUUUGCACCAGUAUUGGAUACAGUAGCACUUGGUACAUCAUCAGGAAAUGUAUAUUUAUAUAAUUUGAGAAAAGGUGCAGUAAUAGGUGAGAAAAUAAUAACAUCAGGUUCAGAAGCAUCAAUUAAAGUAACAUCAAUAUCGUUCAGAACCGAUGGAUCACCACAUUUAGUUGCAAGUUUGAACAAUGGUGAUUUGUAUUUUCACGAUUUAGAUAAGAAUCAAAGGGUUCACAUACUAAGAAACGCGCAUAGAGAAGUUCAUGGUGGUGUUUCAAAAGCUCAAUUUUUAAAUGGUCAACCAAUAGUAGUCACAAAUGGGGGAGAUAACCAUUUGAAAGAAUUUGUAUUUGAUCCAAGCUUAACGUCCACCAACUCAACAAUCAUUUCACCACCACGUCAUUUAAGAUCAAGAGGUGGUCAUUCUGCACCACCAGUGGCUAUAAAUUUCCCAGAUGAAGAUAAAACUCAUUUCUUACUCAGUGCUUCAAGAGAUAGAUCAUUUUGGAAUUUUUCAUUAAGAAAAGAUGCACAAGCACAAGAAUUUUCUCAAAGAAUGCAGAAAUCAAAAGAUGGUAAGAGACAAGCUGGUCAAGUUGCUUCACUAAAAGAAAAAUUUCCAGAAAUAAUAGCUAUAACUUCAUCUGAUUCACGUACUGGUGAUUGGGAAAAUGUAUUAACUGCACAUAAAGAUGAACCAUUUGCAAGAACUUGGGAUACGUCUACAAAAAGAGUAGGUAAGAAUGUGUUGAACACCAUAGAUCAAGGAAUGUGUAAAGCUGUAUGUAUAACUCAAUGUGGUAAUUUUGGUUUAGUUGGAUCAUCGUUAGGUGGUAUUGGGGUAUAUAAUUUACAAUCUGGUUUAUUGAGAAAAAGAUAUGUUUUACAUAAACAAGCAGUUACUGGAUUAGCUAUAGAUGGAAUGAACAGGAAAAUGGUAAGUUGUGCACUCGACGGUGUUGUGGGAUUUUAUGAUUUUGGGAAAUCCAAAUAUUUAGGAAAGUUACAACUAGAUGCUCCUAUAACAUCAAUGGUGUAUCAUAAAUCUUCAGACUUGAUAGCUUGUGCAUUAGAUGAUUUAUCUAUUGUUGUUGUUGAUGUAACUACUCAAAAAGUUGUAAGAGUUUUGGUUGGUCAUUCCAACAGAAUUUCGGGUUUAGAUUUUUCACCAGACGGAAGAUGGCUAGUUUCAGUGGGGUUGGAUUCUACAUUAAGAACUUGGGAUUUACCAACAGGUGGCUGUAUUGAUGGUGUUGUUUUACCAAUUGUUGCUACCUCUGUUAAAUUCUCACCUAUAGGCGAUAUGAUAGCUACUACUCAUGUUUCAGGAAAUGGUAUAUCAUUAUGGACAAAUAGAGCACAAUUUAAGCCUAUAUCCACAAGACAUAUAGAAGAGGAUGAAUUUGCUACUAUGUUAUUACCAAAUGCAUCUGGUGAUGGUGGAUCAACUUUGUUGGAUGGUGCAUUAGAUGAAAAUGAUGAUCUACAAGAUCAAUUUUUUGGGAAAUUUGAAUCAAGCUCUCAAAUUGAUGAAGGAUUGGUAACUUUAUCAGCUGGUCCAAGAACUAAAUUUAGUACUUUAUUACAUUUGGAUACUAUAAGACAAAACAAUAAACCAAAGGAAGCUAUUAAAAGACCCGAAAAAACUCCUUUCUUUUUGAAUCUUACAGGUGAAGCUGUUGGUGAUAGAGCAUCAGUAGCUGAAGGUGCAAAAGUUGCCAACCAACAAGAAGAAACUGAAGAAGGUGGUAAACUUUUAGCAUUAAACAAGAGUACAAGCUAUGCAUUUGAAAGUGAAUUCACAAAAUCAUUAAGAGAAGCUGGUGAAAAUGAUGAUUUUAGUUCAUUUGUUCAAUAUUUGGUAAAUCUACCACCAUCAAAAUUAGAUCUCGAAAUAAGAUCAUUGAAUUCACAACCACCAUUAACAGAAAUGAUAAAUUUUCUCAAAGCAUUAGUUUACGGUUUAAGAACCAAUAAAAAUUUUGAAAUUAUCGAAACUAUAUUUGCAAUGUUUUUAAAAAUUCAUGGUGAUGUUAUACAUCAAUAUGAAGACGAGGAAGAAUUACAUGAAGUAUUAGACGAAUAUGUGCAAACUAAUGACGAAUUAAACAACAAGAUAGAUGAAGUUGUUAAAUAUUGUAAUUCUGUAAUAAAUUUUAUUAAAUAG